UAGCUGUGUUCAGCGUGAGAAUCUGUUUUUAAGUUGUUAUGCAUACAAAUAUUUUAAAGGGGUGUAAAACAAUUUGAAAGUUAUUUAACAAAAAUGAAAAUGAAAUCACUCAUAUUGUUGUGUUACUUUACUAUAUAUGCAUUGUGCUGAUAAAUUCGGAAAUAUUUUUCAAACAAUUUGCAUACACACAAACUUAUAGUUAUAACAGUGUUAAUCGAAAAGUGUCUUAGAAUAAUGAUAGAUUUAAUAUCAAUGCUACUUAAACAUAGGGGCAUACAAAAUUAUCUCAACUAUUGCAAUUUUUAGAUUAAAGUUACACGAGAUAACGAAAAAUUUCCCAAAAGUAUAUAACUAUUGCUGCAAAACUCAUGCAAUGGAAACGAAUGCGGAAGGAAAUCUCUUGGAGAUAAUGGAUUUGGCGCGCACUUUACGUCAAGAGCAAUUGUUCAUACAGCAAGAACAGAAUUCAUUCGCUCAGUUAACUGAAACUUUAUCUCAAAAUUCAAUAUCGAUAACAAAGUUGGCUUAUAUAUGUGCCCAACAAAGACGUAAUCUAAAUGAUUUGAUUGUAUCGCGUCCAGAAGUGGGGCCUUCGUUAUGUUGCCGCCGGGCCCGCAAUUAUGAGGUCGUUACGUUCGUUGAUGCGAAAAAGAUUUUCGAUUAUCAGCAUGUUCUCGGUUAUGAGGAACUAUUCAAUUUUCUCUAUCAUUCCCCAUAUAUAUUGGCGGUAUCGUUAGCAACAGGCGAUCGCCUACCUGAUAUACCACAACAGCAUAUGGCUUCUGUUACGCGGACAGUUAGUACGGGUCUCUUUGGCAAUGCUAUCAAUACAAAGGACGUAGAAAUGAUGCUGAAAUUACUGCGUGAACUUAUUGAGAUCCAGAUUGUUGUUGGAGACGAUAGCCCUAAACGCCUGCUACGUCCGAAUGCUUCAUCAUUCGCUAGAUUAUAUCAUAAUAUGAUUGAAUCAACAUUUUCGGCUAAAAUCUUUUUGACAGCGACAUUGUUUCAACCCAUUAUGGAGGUUUUGAGCGACAACGAGACCGUAUUAGACGUUGACCCUAUUAAAGUUAUUCAAAAUUUAUCCAGCAAAGAAAAGAUAAAAUUAUUUGGCGAGGAAAACUCUAGUGACUAUUGGGAGAAUAUUGAUAAAUUUCAUGCAGAAACUAUAGAAAAAUUAUACAAAAUCAGCAAGACAUUUAUUGACAGUCUGCUUGGCAAUUGGUCUUUGUUUCCAUCAACUUUGCGCUGGCUUAUACAGACCAUGUGCCAUCAGUUGAAGCAAGCCCACCAUUUUUCAGAUCAAGUUAUCAAUGAGAUCAUUACAGAUAUGGUUUUUACACAUUUUAUUUGCCCGGCCAUAAUUAGUCCCGAUAUUUUGGGCAUAGUUGAUGCUCCAAUAUCGGAACAAAUACGUUUCAAUCUGAUGCAAAUUGCUCAGGUUGUGCAAACGUUGGCCUUGGCCAAAUACGAUGACGUAGAUGCCAAGUUUGUUGCUGUUCAUACAAAGUUCCAAAGUAAUAUGGUUACCAAACUUAUCGAUUUAUUGUUGGAAAACCAAUCGGGUGAAGAUGUGGUAGCGAUAUUGGCUCAGCAAAGUGAAUUCGAGAGAAUCCAUUUACUGAUUACCCAAAACGAUUUGAAUCAUUUUAUUGAAUUCUUCAGAAUGCUGACAAUCAAUGAUGAAUACGAGAUCUCCGACGACGAGAAGAAAAAACUGAAAAAAAUUCUAUCACAUAUACCCGACAAUUUUUCUCCGAAUAAUAGCUUCGAAAAUGGUCAAACAACCGGCUCCGACAACGGCAGCGCUAGAGAGAAAACUAAACCAUCUUUAAUUAAUUUGAGUAAAGCUACGAAAAGCAAAUUGGCGAAAAGCAUGAGCCUUAGUCAUGGAAGCGUAAAUGGUCAUAUCAAUCCAUCGGAAACCGUAUCGAACGGUCUAAAUGGUCAAAAUUGCCAAAUGAACGGUUUAGAUGGCUUAAUGCUUAGCAGUCGAAAUAAUUCUACGAAUUCAUCUCCUGUCCGUGUACAGGUGACUGAUCAUGGUACCAAUGAAUCAAUCUUAAUAUUUAAUUUUUACUCGGGUGUUGACAAUAAAAUGCAACCACUCUCUGAAGAAGAAGUUUUGAAAAUGAAUAGCAUUGGUCAGGAAAUAGCCAACGGUGAAUUGGUCGAUAGUGAAAAUUAUCAAGUUGAGUCUACAGUCGAUAAAUCUUCGGUUGUUAAUGGUUUCGAUGGUAUGGACGGUAUGUCUGACGUUUUAAGGACGCAGCACAAUAAAAACUCACGAUUUUCCUUGUCCCAUGACGACGCAUCAAUAGGUAAUUCCGAUAAUUUGGAGGUUGUCAGCGAAGUGCCCUCUAAUCAUUCGGUUACCAGUUCUUUAGAAUUGGAGGAAAACGAUCAGAAUGAUAAUCUGUCCGAUAUGGUAUCGGCUAAUGUCUCGGGUCGAGGCACCCCAAAUAUAAGCGGUAGAGAUACGCCUUCUUCUCAAGUCACUGAUGGAGAGUCAUUAAAUAAUGCUUUGCCCACACCACAAAUGCAAAAGCUUAUCUCCAAAGCUCGCUCAGAUAUUGAAGAUAAGUUUUGUAAAUUUGAAAUCAAAAAAUUCGAGGGCGAUGAAACUGUAUCCAUUAUUUCGGACACGUGGUCCACCGAUGUAAUAUGUGCCAGUGAUUCCGAAACGGUGGAUACCGAAAGCAGAGACCGCGAACGUAACUUUUCCACCCCUCUCAUCCCGGCUGCUGUUGUUUUGCCUGGCGAUAAUAAUUUUGAUGUAUUAACUGGGGCAGGAGGAAUGCGUUCCGGCUACCUUGACGCUUCAGAUCAGAGAUCUGAAUCGAAUUGGAGCACUGACGUGUUAGCUAGCGAUUCUGAAAAAUUAAAUGAAGUGGAUACCGAUGAUAAUAUCAGUAUAGCCGCCCGAUCAGACACCGCCGACGGCUGCGUCCGUUACGUACAUGAACGAGAUCAAUUGGCGGCUGCCAUAUCAGCACCAUGCGUUCGUCAACGAUCUUCAAAUACGCCUCACUACUCCGUAGCUCGCUCAAAUCGUGGACUUAGAAUGUCUAACUCGUCAACAAGCAAUUACAAAGCAGCGACAUCUAGUAAUCGUCAUUCUGAUGAUGUACAGGGUAGUGGCAGCAGUGGCGGCAAUGCUAGCGAUCGAUCGCAAGAAGAUUCCGCCUUCUAUGACGCAAUAAAUUCGUAUGAAGACAAUCCUAUAUCUGGAGAGAACGGUUCCCAUAAUUAUCAGGGUGUCUCUUCUUUGGCACGAAGUUGUAUGCGUACCACAAAUCAAGUAGGCGGGGAAAAUACGUUUCAGCAAAACUACAAAUCUACAAACAACAACGAUGAGAAAGACUCCUUUUUGACCACGUUACGAAUGCGUCGUCAAACCUCCGCCGAGAGUAGCAUAUCUAAUCAGAGUUUAAGUUUAGAAGAAACAAACGCUUGUAAAAUAUCAUCAAAUCAACAUUUAAAAAAAAAGCAAAGAAAUCGAAAUACCACCAAUUAUGAGUCGAAGGAUCUCAUCGAUUUUUCCGAUUUCUGUGACGAUAAAGAUUUAACUCCACCAUCCAUGCCGCCGCCCGCACCACCAACGAUUGAUAUUUUUAGUGACGAUACAGUCGAACAUCGUGGGGUAUCAACUGAACGACGAUCAGCAGGUUUCGAUGGCCGCCGUAACGGCAUAAUGGCCUUAAGGGGAGGUUGUGAAGUUUCAACUAGUGGCAACCUUAACAUAACACCAUCUUUACGUAAACAUCAAAGUCUCAACUAUGAAAAUCACGAGAUCAUGAUCAGAGCUGCAGUACACAAACGAGUUUCGGUUUUGCCAAAUCUUUCGCCGAACUCUUUACAACAAACUGACGACGAUAAACGCUCGCAAUAUCAAGAACAAGUACAAGAAAAUUCAGAACCAGAAUUACUAUUAUGUGCCAAGAUAUCGCAAAUGCAACUUAAUAACAGUAAGAGCCCCGAUACGCUGGAUAACGCUCAGCACGAAUUGUCACGCAACACUCCCACCAACAAUGGUCAUAAUGUUAGCAUUUCAGGCAUAAUGACCAGCUCAGUGAUAUCAAAUCAGAAACCGAAUAAAUCAACCGGAGCCAUACCGAAAAGUAUUAGUUUCGAUGCUUCGGCAGACAAAUCGUCAGCCAACAAUUUCAAUUCAGCAAAUCGUCAACGCAAUACACGUCUACAGGAUGCAGUACGUCAUACAGGGAAUACAGGGACUUCUCCAGCGUUAGGGAUGGCAAAUUCAGGCAUCUUUAAUAAACUGAAACAGGGCAUAUUCAAGCACCGUCGCGGCUAUAAAUCGCAAAGACAAACAGCUAUUGGUAAUCAGGAUGAUAUCUCUCAAAAUUCUCGUAGUGUUUCAUUUAGCAACAACACAUCAGAAGUUUCGCUCGAUUUAGUGACUGCAAAUAUGUCCGCUUGUCCAAUGGCUGUUACAAACGAGCGCACCAUUCUUUACUACGAUACGAACGAAGAUAUAUUGGCAAAAUAUCGUCGCAAAGUUAGCACAUCCAGCGAAGCAACAAAUUCAUCCGCAGGUAAUUGCGGAACCGGGAAUGCUUGCGGUGACAAUAAAAUCAAUGGAGAAUUACAUAAUGAAAAUCAGCAUGCAUCUCUCCAUGACAAAGCGAUGGUCUUUAACAUCCUCAAGAAGAAAAUACGUACAGUAUUGUCAAAGACUGAUUUACACUCAGCCGAUUUUAGGCACACCACGCAAAUAAAUGCCUCUCCUUUGCUGACGUAUUUGCAAAUCCAAUUAGCUCAAGCUGUAAAUUUGCAAAACUUUCAACAAAUCUCUUAUGUUUCUGAGGCUAUACGUUGUAUAUCAUCUUUAGAUGUAAGCCAACACGCACAACUAUUGGACGAAUUGCAAAAUGAUAUACAAAAACGUCAAAGCUAUUUACAAUAUUUGAUGCGUUUUCGACAGAAUCUUUUGCUAAUUAUGGAGAAUAUCGGACAAUAUGAGGCGCGAUUAAGAAGUGAGAGUAGCACUUGCAAUCGCUACUUGGUGGCAGUAUGUAUGCGUUUAUUUAUCGAGAAGAGGCAGGAUAAAAUCGAUAGAUUUCAAGGGGACUUUGCUCGUCUGACAUCAUCCGACGACAAAAUUGAAUUAAUUGAAGAGUUCAUCGAUUCGCUAAUGGACGAGUUAUUAACAACUGGCGGCAUAUUGCACGGUAUGCCCGAAUGGCAGGAAGUGGAGGCACGUGCCGCUUUGGAGCGCAUUUUAUUACAACGUAUGCAUCAGCAGGUGAUGUUUCCCAAUGAAGAUGCCGACUUAUCUAGAGAUUCAUUCUUAUAUGAACUUAUACGUAAACUGCAAAAUGUGAUAACACCUUCACAUCCGACUUUGUGUAUACCGCAGGAGUAUCUAUCUGAGGCACCUUGGAGCUUUGCCCAACAACAACUAUCGUACAUAACUGCCUACAAAACGCCCAGAGAGAAAUUAAAAUGUGUUAUUAGAUGCAAUUCCAGCAUAAUGAGUUUAUUGCACAUGUCCAGUGGUAGAGCGCCAGCAGCUGAUGAUGUAUUACCCGUUCUUAUAUAUGUGGUUAUAAUGGCCAAUCCACCGUUUCUGUUAUCUACUGUGGAAUACAUUACAUGUUUUAUCGGUGAGAAACUUGAUGGGGAAGAGCAAUUUCAUUGGACCUUAUUCGAUUCAGUGGUUAAAUUUAUAAAAACCAUGGAGUAUUUAGUUCAAUAGACAAAGUGAACGAUUAAGAAAGCGAUCAAAAUUUGUUAUUUAAACAAGUCCGGAUAAUAAUUGUCAAUAGCCUACGUAAAUGCAAUCUUAGUUAUAAUGUAAAAUUGUU